AUGCGGAAAACCCUUUAUCUCGACAAACUGGACAUCAAGCAUGGCAACGACAAGGAAGAAUUCCUCUUCACUUUGGAAUCACUGGCUGCCAAAAAAGCAGUCGCUGAUCUGGUUAGGAAGACAUACAAGAAGUACGAACCCCCAAAGGACAAGACUAAGAAGCCUGACAACAAGUCUACCAAGGACAAAUCCGACGACGGCAAGUCGGGUUACAAGUCGGACGGAGGCAAGUCUGGUGGCAAGCCUCGGUACAAGUCUGGUGGCAAGCCUCGGUACAAGUCUGUCGUUCAUCUCCAGCCAUUGUUGAAGCGUGCUACAGGAUUUCGCGAUCUCUAA